AUGAUUCAAGAGAAACUGGAACAACUCCGCCGCGACCGCGACGCACGAGCAAAGGAACUCGCAAGACGGCGGGAGCAGGACGGCCCAACCACCAGUGCCAACUCAUCUUCUGACGACUGCCGAACGAAGAGUCACAAUCCGACGGAACAACACAAUGCCAUGGACUAUCAGGAUGAAUCCAGCGACUCUGAUGCACCAUUCCAGGAAGUCAGACGCCGCCGGAAAGGCACCAAACGCAGGAAAGCCGAAGAAAAUACCCCCAUGCAGACGGAACAACGAGCUGUGCCCACCACCAACUACUACGCACCACUACAGCAACAGGACCCAGCAAUGGAAGACCAACACCAGCCUCAGCCUAACGACACAAAUAAUCAGGACGCCACAGCUCCGCCGCCGCCGAAACCGAGAAUACCACCUAAGGCGAUACACGCCUACCAACUGCGACCUCCACCAUCCAAGGAGCCCCAACAACCACCACAGCCGUCGUUUGCGGCGACUCCGAAGGACUUCCCAUCUCUCCGAACACCCUGGACGGCUGCAUCGUCGUUAUUUCAAACACCAACCCAGCAACAACCAACUCGACCGAAAAACACGGCGCGUCAACGACUGCACGAUCUUCGCCAGCAACAACAGCAGCAACGAUCCACGGACAACGCCCUCGGACUGUCCGAUAUCAUCGCCGCGCUAUCUAACAUGGGCUCCAUCAUCAACUUACUAAAAACCAAGAACGUCUUUGCCAUCUUAGCAGAUACAGCUCGCAAAUUCAACGACGCACCGGAUCUGUUAUCCAAACUACUCACUCUACUGGAAGGAAUCAUGGCCUUUUUCACAGACUAA